GACUUUAAACUACAUUUCCCAGUAGGAGCUGUAAACAGAACUACACGAUCCAACAUGGCGGCUAUCGGAAAGUUCCUGAGAAACGCCUGGAAUAAGGAGCCUGUUGUGACAGCAGCCUGUGGCCUCGGCAUUGCUGCUCUGAUUCUGCCGCUAGUGAGCCCGUACACCAAAUACACGGUGAUGUUGAACAAAGCGACACCUUACAACUACCCAGUUCCUGUACGAGAUGACGGAAACAUGCCUGACAUCCCCGCACACCCAUGUGACCCACAGGGCAGAAAAUUGGAUUGGUUAAAAAACAUGUAAUAACAUUUCUUCUGCAGCCCUGAACCUGUACAGAUCUCUCCUUCCUUUCCAAUUACUGUGUCAAUAAAGAACCUUUAUUUAA